AUGGAAAAUAAGGAGCAUGGCGUUCGGCACAACAGCAACGCUCUUCCCGUAAUGUCGGACAAGAUUUCUCGUUCCGAGGCAGACAGCCCCGAAAAGUCAAUCACCAUGUCGCCUCCAUCAGUGGAAGACGACCACUCGCCUACAGAUGGCUCCGAUCAUCAUCAGGGUGAGAACUUUGAUGAGAAUGGACUGGAAAAAGCUGCCACGGGUGCGCCGCUCGAUCGGACGCAGUCCCAGGCGCAGAAGUUGGGCAAGAAGAAGAUUCUGAUCAUCAUGCCUGCACUUUGCUUGGUGCUGUUUCUGGCAGCUUUAGAUAUGACAAUCGUCUCAACAGCACUUCCGACAAUGGCUGCACAUUUCCACGCCUCGGAGAGUGGAUAUUCUUGGAUGGCCUCGUCGUAUCUGCUCGCCAACGCAGCGUGCAUCACUCUCUGGGGUAAGAUCAGUGACAUUUGGGGUCGCAAGCCGAUCCUCCUCAUAGCCAACGUCGUAUUUCUGGUGGGGAGCUUGAUCUGCGCUCUUGCUGUCAAUAUGGCCAUGCUGCUGGUGGGACGUGCCACUCAGGGUGCCGGCGGUGGUGGCAUCAUCGUCCUAGUUAACAUUUGCGUUACUGAUCUGUUUAGCGUCAGAGAACGGCCGAUGUACUACGGUAUCUUUGGUGUGACGUGGGCGAUUGCGGGUGCGCUUGGCCCAAUUAUUGGAGGUGCUUUUACGACCAGUGUAUCCUGGCGGUGGUGUUUCUACAUCAACUUACCCGUCGGUGGCGCUUCCCUGGCAAUCCUUGUCUUCUUCCUCAAGAUCGAAUCCGGCGGCACGCCCUUGCUGGAAGGUCUCAAGACCAUCGACUGGACCGGCACGGUUCUCAUCGUCGGAGGCACGCUCAUGUUUCUGUUCGGCCUUGAAUUCGGCGGCGUCAGCUAUCCCUGGGCUUCGGCCACCGUCAUCUGCCUGAUCGUGUUCGGAGUGGUGGUCUGGAUCCUGGCGAUGCUCAACGAGUGGAAACUCGCGCGGUACCCGCUGAUCCCCGUCCGGCUCUUCAAGAACUGGCACAACCGGCUCGUCCUCCUCAUCUGCUUCUGCCAGGCGUUCGUCUUCAUCGCGGGCUCCUACUACCUCCCUCUCUACUUUCAGACCGUGCUGCAGGCGUCCCCGAUCCUCAGCGGCGUCUACGUGCUCCCCAUGGUGCUCAGUCUCUCCAUCUUCUCCUCCGGCACGGGCUUCCUCAUCAAGAAAACCGGCCGCUACCGCGAGAUGAUCGUCGGCGGCCUCUUCUUCAUGACCCUCGGCUACGGCCUCCUCAUCGACCUCAAGUACUACGCCUCCUGGCCCCGCCUCAUCAUCUACCAGCUCAUCGCCGGCGCUGGCGUCGGCCCCCUCUUCCAGGCGCCCCUCGUCGCCUUCCAGGCAAAUAUCCACCGCGCAGACAUGGCCACCGCAACCGCCACCUUCUCCUUCAUCCGCCAGACCUCUGCCGCCAUGGCCGUCGUCCUCGGCACAGUCGUCUACCAGAACAUCCUCGCCCAGCAGAUCCCCCGCAUCGCCGCUGCCACAGACCCAGACACCGCCCAGACCCUCGCCGCCUCCUUCUCCGGCUCCACCGGCGCCCUCAUCAACAGCCUGCCCUCCGCCGCGCGCGUCGUCGUCCUCGAGGCCUUCACCUUCACCUUCUCCCGUCUCUGGAUCUUCUACACUGCCGUCAGCGCCCUUGGCCUCGUGUUGAGCUUCUUCCUCAGACCAGUCGAGCUGAGCAAUGCGCAUACCUUCGCCAAGACCGGCCUGGCGGAGCAGGAGCGUGCCCGCCGCGAGAUCCUCGAGGCGCAGAAGGCCGAGGCCAAUGCGAACCGCGCGGAAGUCUAG